AUUGCUUGGUCUAAUUGAACUUGUAUUUUUUAUAAAAGUGUUUUUAACAAUAUGCAUAAGAGUGUUUAUUUUUUAAUAUUAAUAUUACAUGAGAGGAUUAAUAGUGAGAUUCAGAUUUUCAGAAUAGGUUUCAGUUCAAUAGCCUAUAUAAUUAAAAAGAUUUUAUAAAGAAGCAAGUAUUGAAAUGGCUAUAAAUCCAACAAAUCCAUAUCAUUAAUGGUUGGUGAAAGUAAAGAGAUAAAUAAUAUUGAUAAGUUGGAUGGAAAAACAGUAAAAACUCCAUCUAAAAAUACUUUAGCUGUUCCAUCUCCUUAGUUGGCAUCAUUUAUUGCACAUGAAUUUAAUAUGCAAACAGAUUAUAUAAGACCAACUACUAUGCCAUUAUUGACUUUAGCAAGAAAUGCUAUAGAUAUUGAGGCAGAUGAUAGAAUUAGAUAAUUUAUGGAACAAUCAAUUAUAAGUUAUUUAGAGAGAGAUACUGUAUUGUUUAGAGAAAAUCCAGAAACUAAAUUAUAUUAAAUUUAGAAGGAGAAGUUAGAUCCUAAAUUGAAAUUAUUUAAUGACAAAUUUGGGUUACAUUUAUAAACCAAUUUUGGAUUAAACAUAGACCCUUUGAAAGAAUAUGAUUAAAUAAAGAUAGAAACUAUAGUAAAUGAGUUAAAUAAUUGGUAAUUGGUGAGUUUGGAUGCAAAAGUGGGUAUGAUGAUUAAUUGAACCAGAAAAUUUAAAAUCAUGUAUUUUGGCACUACUUAUUUGGAAUAACGAUUUGUAAGUGGAAGAGGGAGUGAAAUUGUCAAGAUUGGAAGAGGAUUUCUAGAUAGCACAAUUUGGUAAAGUGGAAGGGCAUCAUGAUUAUGAUGAAAAUACUAUUAUGAUGAAUGUUUCAGCAGCAAAAUUGUUUGCAUAAUUGAUUCAAACAUAGAGUAUUGUUUAUUGAUCAUAAGGAA